AUGAAACCACCAACUUCAACAGGUUUCAGUCCACCACUACCCCAACAACCCAAAUCUCAAAUAAAUCCAAAUCAAAUUAAACCAAAGUCAUCAUCAGCACCUGUUGCUCCAAUUUCCUCCAAACUUCCCUCUCAAACGCCCUUUAAACCAAUCUUUGGCGCACGGAUUAGCUCUUCCGCUGCUACUGCAGCUCCUAAGCCUUUUAAAGAAAGUCCCAAACCGCCAGCUUCACCGGUGUACAUAAAACCAAAAACUGUAAAAUCAUCAUCCUCAAGUCCACAAUUACGUCCACGACCUUCACCAUUUGUCUACAGUGCUCCAAUCGGUCCUAGGACAACUAGUUCUACAAAAGCAACAACAAAAACGCCCACAACUUCCACAACUUCAACAACGACAACAGUUAAACCUUCUUCUUCACCAAAUAAAAAAUUAAACAGCACAACUUCCGCUCCGGAAGACGACGAAUUCGACGUCGACUACAUCGACAACGCCGAUGAGCGGCUGAAGGGCGUCACCCACCUAAAUCUCACCAAUGAGGACCUCUGGCACGGGGAGAGUCAGGCGAUGACCACCGUUCUCAAGGUGCAUGAAGCUGGACAAAAUAAUAGUAAUAAUAAUAAUAAAUCUGCGACACUUCCGGCAAGGUCAAAGAUUCUGGCAAAUGAAACACACCUGCUCACCUCCGCCUCUGAACAACAACAGCAGGCAACGGCGCUGCCUGGAACGCGUGAGCUAGGCCUCGAUCUAAACAACUUUCAGUCUAAAG